GUGUGGCUCAAGAGAGAACAGCAUCACAGAAAUCCUCUCGUAGUCAGGGUGGACAGCAACAAGGUGGAGGUGGACCUUCUUCGCCUUCACGCGCUCCUACUACUUCCGGUCGCGACGCUGUAGAACGUCUACGCAGUCGCGCGCGCGUCAAAGGCAAGGUGAAAGAGAACACCAGGUACCUAGAUGAGGAUCAGAACGUUGUCGCAGAUCUUCAGGGCCGUUCGAUGCGGGAGUGGGCUGCGGCACUGUCAGAUACUUCGUCCACGGAUAGUGUCUUUCUUGGAUUAGACGCGAUCGAUUCGGAUAUAGACCAGCAAAUCCUAGACCAAAAUCAAGGAGAUCAUGAUUCGAACAGUCCAAGAAGCCCUGGCGUCGGACGUUACGUCAGCGACAGCAACAUUCCCACCUUUGGCGGUGCAGCGACGAGGGGACACACAGUUGGUCGCACAGGGCUAGACGCACUGGCAAUGCAAGAAGAAGAAGGAAGUAAAAGUCCUGCUAGAGCAGGAGCAAAAGGAAGUCCUGGGAAAGUAGGGAGCCCCGGACGGUAUAGAGUUGAUAAGGGUGGUCAAGGUCCUCAUAAGAUAGGAGGUAAAAAAGAAGGAGAACAAGCAGAAGCUUCCUCCUCCUCCCAUGUUGUGCAACUGGAAGGAGAUGAUGAUCUUGAUCAAGAUCAACAAGGUACAACUAGUAGCGCUUCCUCAGUAGACCAGGGGGAAGAACUAUUCAAGCUUCUUAGGAGUGGAGGUGGAACUGCAACUGGUAGAGGCAGUGAUAAUCGUUUUCAAGAUAUACAUCCAGAAGGAGAGGCCGACGAUGAUCAUGCUGUAGCAGAAGGACAAGAGAAGAUGAAUCAUGGUGAUGGUGGUGCUACAAUUAUUAAACCUGCAGUCCGAGUCCACUUUGACGGCGAUCCCGAUCAUGAUGAAGCCGCCCGAGCACGUGAACAUAUCGAAGAGGCGGUCGCUCACUUGACCAUGGAGCUGCUUGAAGGAAGCAAGCCACGGCUUUCCGUCAAGUGGAAGUGGGAUUGGCAGUUUGUGCAGGUGAAGUGCUCGCCCAAUAUGAAGCCAUGGCAGCGAGCGAAAUUGAGACGCGAGAUCAAAAUGCUCAAGCACGUUUUGGAGGAACAAGAUCCUGCUGCUUGUCUAGCCGAUCCGGAAAAAUUCGUAGAUGCGGAAGAACAAAAAACAACGAUCGUUUUCACUGUGCAGCAACCUUCUAGUACUUGCUACAACUGGUUUUCUCGCGUUCUGUACCUAGCGCAGGGUCAAACGGUGUACUACGGACGGGGAGACCAGGUCGUGCCGUUUCUAGAGGGUGCAGGCCUCCCGAGGUGUCCUCCGAACUACUGCAUGGCAGAAUACGCUUUAGAGACGAUCGGAGAUAGCAAAAGUGUCAAGAAACUGAAAGCCUACUAUGGCGACGGCGGCUUGGGUAGUGGAUCUACGCUGGCUGAAGGAGCAGGGGGUUACGGCAUCAGCACGACCUACCAUAAUACCAUUCGGCCAAGAACUAGUCAUGCUCCUCGGGAAACAUCCUCAGUGCUGGCGAAAGAGCAGGAACGGAAAAUGAUGCUAGAAAUGGAGGAAGAGAUCAUGGAAAAAGCAGCUGCGGCUGCAGCAGAGGCAGAAGCGAUACAUGCAUCUGGUGAAUUACCCGAUCACGACUCUGCGCUUUCUCUUGGUCUUGGGGCUAUUCCGCGUGGUGCAUCAAGAAUGAGUUUGGGAACCGCCAACGCCGCGUUGCAUAGCCUCGCACAACGGCGCGAACGACCGAGCUUUUUCGUGAUCUAUUUCAUGCUGGCGCAACGCGUGCUGUUAGAACGAUGGCGCAACCAAACGGAGACGAGAUG